UUCCGAUCCCAACUUCCUCAACCCCCUGAUAAGCUGUUGCCAACUUGACUGAGGUGAACUCUUUUUGAUGAGAAGAAGCAUUUCCACUUACCACCCCUGACCUGGUCCUCAUGCUGCUGAGGCUCCUGCUGUUGAUCUGUGCUCCACUCUGUGAACCCACCGAGCUGUUUCUGAUAGCCAGCCCCCGACAGCCCACAGAGGAAAGCCCGGUGACACUGACCUGUAAGACUCAGUCUCCUCCACAGUCAUCAGCUGCUCAGCCCCAGUUCCGCUUCUUCAGAGAUGCCCAGCCCCUAAGUCUUGGCUGGAGCAGCUCCUGGGAGCUUCAGAUCCCUGCUGUGCAGAAGGAAGACUCGGGGUCCUACUGGUGCGAGGCACAGAAAGUGGUGCACAAGGUCUUACGAAGCCCGAGAUUCCAGAUGAACGUGCAGAGAGUCCCCAUCUCUGAUGUGAGCUUGGUGACCCAACCCCUGGGAGGACAACUGGCAGAGGGAGACAAGUUGGUCUUCAUCUGCUCUGUCGAUAAGGGCACAGGAAACAUCACCUUCCUCUGGUACAAAGGGACCCUGGGUUUAAAUCUGGAAACAAAGACCCGUCAUUCACUGACAGCAGAAUUUGAGAUCCCAGUGGUGAGAAAGAGUGACGCUGAUCAAUAUUAUUGUGCAGCUGACAAUGGCUAUGGUCCGAAGCUCAGUGGACUGGUGAGCAUCACUGUCAGAAUUCCAGUGUCUCGCCCCAUCCUCACCAUCAGGGUGCCCGGGGCCCAGGCCAUGGUGGGGGACAACGUGGAGCUUUUCUGUGAGGCCCCUAGAGGCUCUCCCCCAAUCCUGUACCAGUUUUAUCAAGAGAAUGUCAUUCUGGGGAGCAGCUCUGCCCCCUCUGGAGGAGGAGCAUCCUUCAACUUCUCUGGGACCGCAGAACGUACUGGAAACUACUCCUGUGAGGCUGACAAUGGUCUGGGGGCCCAGCACAGCACCGUAGUGACACUAAACUUUACAGUGCCUAUCCAGGACGCAAGAGAUCCUCUGACAUCAGGAGUCGUUGGAGGGCUGCUUGGCAUCCUGGGCCUUGUCAUGGUUGCCCUAUUAUUUUGCUACUGGCUCAAGAGAAAAAUAGGAAGGCUUUCAGCUACGGAUCCACACAGGACCCUUCCCAGCCCUGCACCACCAGAACUCGCCUACCUCAACUCGCCUGACCCCAGGCAAUUACAGUGUACCUACGAAAACGUGGAUGCUGUGAGUGGGGAUGAGAUUUAUUCCUUGGCAUACAGUAUGCACCCAGAACAGGAACCAGCUGCAGCAGCACCCCCAACAACACGUGUGGAGAAUAAGGACUCCUUGGACAUCUACUCUAGACUGAGGAAGACAAAAACUAUGGAUGUGGACUAUGAAGACGCUAUGUGAAGUUAUGGGAGAUUGGGGGCUUUGAAAACCAUCUUGGACCCCCAGCCUCGCACUCCAUGUGUUCUACAGAGAUUCUGGAAAUCAGUUUCCAGUCACAUCUCCCAGGUGCUAUUCUCCACAAGCCUAUUCCAAUAUCUGCUGAGAAGUGAUGUUGACACAGUCCUGAAGAAAGCAGCCAGAAGAACCAGCAUGGGCAAAGGAGUGGGAAAGAUUGUGUAAUCUGAACCCAAUUCCUGCUGGCUCUUACAUCUUUUCAUGAGAGGAAACAGGAUGGGAUAAUGUUGUACUCAUUUGCCACCUGUAAGAAAGACUCGGACCCCACUUCAGGUAUAAAUCAGAUGGUGAUUUAUCACACCUGUGCAGGCAGGCCACCGCCCAAAGGCAAAUGGCCACGAAGAGAAAAGCAGGCUGUCUUUUAUACCCGUUUUGUGCUACGUGGCAAGCUAAGCAAAAAACAGAAGCAGAACGUGGCCGGUUAGCUCAGGGGUGGGGUUACAGUUAGGGGGCUACAGCGUAGCAACUGCAUGGCAGCUGGCAUGGGGACAAACUUGGCUUGGGAAGUUUUGCUUGAAUAAGCUUUUCACCAUUGUUUAGCCUUGCUAGGGGUUUGGGGUUCUACCAUUGUUUUACCUGUUGCCAGGAGUUCUUGGGAACUCAGGGAACUUCCUUGUACUGAAAUCUGUGGGGGGGGGGCAGUUUGAGACAUGCGGGGACUCAGGCUGAGACAGUUAGGGGCCUUUAGGGGUCCUUUUGCUGGGUAAUAACAAUAAAAGAAAUCGAGGUGCUGAGGUGGAGGGACAAUGAAGCUUACAGCACAUGAACCCAAUGUGGCUACUUUGCAGGACUGUUUCACAGAGAGAGUUGUGUCCAUUAUUUUGUACAGGUGUUUUCUCUGCCCAGAUAGCACAAAACCCCAGUCCUCCCACUGAAAUGGAUCAUCCUCUUUCCACCUAAAAUAUGAGAUCCAGUUUAUUUUGAGUCACUGCUAUGAAAUGAGAGUUCAAACAAAGUUGCAUAAAAAUUCACAGUGAUUACACCCAAUUUUUGUGACGUUUUGUGUACAUAGGCCAAUCUAACAGCCACUCUAUUUAUUAGUCUUUAUAAGUUUCACCAGUCAAAAUUGUAUAUUUCUUGUAGCCUCUAGAGGUUUUAUGAAUACUCUAUUUCUUCUUUUGUUCACAAACUUUUGAAAACUUAGUAAUAUGGUUUGAAGUCUGGAUUUUAAUUUUAAAAAAAUCACAUAUUCACUCAUAAAUUAAAACAACUUAAAGGUAUAUAAAAAGUUAAAGUCUUUCUGAUAAGCUAACUAUUGUUAAAAAUUUAAGCAUGUAGUUCUCUAGCUAUUUUUCUGUUUCUGUAUAAACACUUAUACAUACAUAUAAGUAUAUAUUUAGAAGUAUAUCCAUUUAAUAAGCCAUCAUGAAAUGUUUUCAAAGCUGUGUAUAAAUCUAUUAUACUAUUUUAAAAUGCUGCAUAGUAUUCUGUUGUAUAGAUCAAUCAUUUGUCCUUUUAAAAUAUACAGCACAUAAAAUUGAUCAUUUUAAACAUUUCAAGUGUACAAUUGAGUGGUAUAAAACAGUAUCAUAAUAUUAUUUUAAUCCCUUUCACCACUGAUGGACAUUAAGGUAUUUUCCAAAAAUUUUAUAUUAU